CUGCGUGUCGACCGCGACGGCCAGAUCGCGGUGGUCACCCUGGGCCGGCCCGACAAGCUCAACGCCAUCGACCGGCAUCUGCACGCGGAGAUGAUGGCGGCGUGCGCUGAACUGCGGGACGACGACGGCGUGCGGGUUGUCAUCUUCACCGGCGAGGGUCGCGGCUUCUGCUCCGGAGCUGAUCUCACCGGCGCCCGCCCGAACGAAGAACAUCCCAGCCGGGGCGAGCGAUUGGACGAGUACAACUGGGUUGGUCGGCAGGCCCUGAUGAUCUACCGGGACCUGAACAAGCCGACCAUCGCCGCGGUGAACGGCGUUGCGGCCGGCGCCGGCAUGGGCCUGGCACUGGCGUGCGACAUGCGGGUGGGCUGCGAAAACACUCGCUUCAAGACGGUGUUCAUCGAACGCAGCCUAAGCCCCGAUUCGGGACUUUCCUAUUUCCUGCCCCGCAUCGUCGGGGCGAGCCGGGCCUUUGACCUCGUGUUCACCAGCCGCACGGUGGACGCCGAGGAGUCGUACCGCCUGGGGCUGCUGGACCGCAUGACGACGGCCGAGAACCUGCUGGCGGACGCGAAAGAACUGGCGAGACAGAUCGCCUCCUGGCCACCGGUUGCCAUGCAGAUGUCGAAACGGGCGUUGCAGCGCAGCCUGGACACCACACUUGAGGACCAACUCCAGUACGAAACGCACAGCAUCGUAUUUGCGCGCCGCGCGCCGCACGACGUGGCCGAGGCGGCAGCAUCGUUCCGCGAACGGCGUCCGCCCGUGUUCACCGGGGAGUAG